AUGGCUACAUCUUUGGCUCUGGUUUUGGUAUUUUGUGCCUUUGUCUCUUUAAGUGAAUCUGCCUGCUUCUUUAUGGGUCUAAAACUGGGGGAAAAACAUUGUGUUGAUGACUAUGAUAACUCCAAGCAUCCAAUGGGAAGUGCUUGGACAAACGGCAGAUGUGUCAGUUGUACCUGCUCUUCCAGUGGAAUGAAGUGCUCAUCUCCUUUAAACCUGAGGAUGGGCCGAGUGACUUCCAUGACUAAAGGCUGCAUUGUGAAGUAUGAUUACAAAACAUGCACAGUUAACGUGUUUCAUCCAGAAGACCCAACCAUUAAGUGUUCCUAUGGUGCUGUUGGAAAAUAAUUUCCAGUGAUUGAGUAAUGUGUACUUAUUUGGACUGG